UAGAAUAAUGAUUGUUAAAAUUUGGCGGGAUUUUUCCUCUUAUUAAACAAAGUAUGAUUUGGUUUUUGUUUACAGGUGCGAGUUGUUGAAAAAAUGCGAAAUAAGAGACUUGCGAAAUGAGUGACAAAUUUUAUGGUAUCUUCCCAGCCGACGAUGCAACUUACUCCAACUAUGGUGCUAUUCUACACCAACAACAACAGCCAGCUCAAACCAAUCAACCAAUUCUCCAAUCUGGUCUAAACACACGCAGUACUGAAACACCCGCUUUUUAUGGCUCCACCGGCAACAUUAACAGCGUCAACGCCGCCACUGCUGCUACCAACACAAACGCUUUCGAGGCUGCCACCUCUUACAGUCGACUGAUUGGGCCAACUUUGCGUUACUUCAGCGGUGGUAGUAACCAACCCAGCCUUGGCCAACAACAGCAGUUGAUAUACAAUAACAGUCUUAUGUCGCACUCUGGCACAUUUCCACAUGGCACACUUUUAGGCGGUGGCCCCAGCUACAGUGGUGCGGGCGCCCCCAUGUCAGGCAGCUACAAUCGCAAUCGCUAUAUGCCGUACAGUCGCACAGUAAGUGCCGCAGCCACCGCUUCGUAUCCACAGAGUGCCAGUUUAGCAUUGCAAUCGACUAUGCCAAGAGCCGUCGGCAGCCUACCCGUUAGUACAGUUAUGAAUGCGAAUGCACAGCAAGCGUACGCUACAUAUCAGCAAUUCGCUACGAUUUACCAAAACUACCCCAAUCUCUUUGGUGGUACGCCACUUGCUGGUAUUUCGACGGCGGCCGAAGUAGCGGCAGGAGCAACCACAACAAGUGACAGCGGCAUUGGCAAAACAGCGAACGCAAUAGCAGGAAUUGAUAGGCACGUAGCGGCAUCGGCAGUCAACGGUGUUACGGCGGCGAACAGCGCUGGAACGCGCCGAAGUAUUUGUGGCGCUACAGCAGUCGCUGUUACUACGGAUGCAAACUCGAGCGCGAUUUCGGAGAAUAACGGAAAUGCAGCGAUAAAUGGUGAUAGCGGCUGUCAGGUAUGCACCUCUGCUACCAAUCAAUCAGUGACUCUACAAAUCACCAAUCUGGAUUAUACAAUGGAGGAAUCAAGUUUGCGUAGCUUUCUAAUGGGACAAUUGAAGCCGAUAACGCCAGUGCUGUCGUUGGCAUUUGAAGGCAAUUCCUAUGCCAAAGUUACUGUACCCGAUAUGUUUUUCGCCAAACAAGUGGUCUCUAAUUUGCAUCGUAAAAAAAUCGGCCAUAAACGCAUGUUAGUCUCGUAUACGCGCGACUCUUCACUCACGGAAAUCAACACGCUGCGUUGUCAAGUAGCAGGACUACUUAAGGACGUGCCACAUUACACAUUGCCUAUGUAUAAGUUCCGUGAGCUCUUUCAAGCACGUUUCAAGACAUCGAUUAGCGUGUUAGAUCUCUAUAAAAUGUCCGACAUUUGCACGAUAAACGUCGAUAAUAGCGAAGAGAAAUUUAUUAGUCUACAAACGGCUGUCAUAAAUUCGCUAGAGAACUCACCGUUGAUGGAAGGUCUACAUCACAGUGUACCCUAUUGCACUGUGCAUUUUAAGCGUGAACAGCAUAAGGGCUGGGCUGAGCAAGACAUUGAACCAUUGCCGAAUGUUUGGAUGACUAUAUCUGAAAUACAAAACAUCAUCUAUCCGCUGCUGAAAGAUCACACUGGCGAUAUACCAGUCGCUUCGUUGGUGCAUUGUAUUUCUGGUCAGAUUAACACUGAAAUAAUACCAAAUGAAAACGGUGUCAACUUGGAGCAUUUGGUAUGCUGUGUACAAGGCAUACAGAUACAGGUCAACAACUUUGGCAUCAAAAUACUCGGUUGGCUCGAGAUGGAUAAGGAGAACUACAAUGCUUCGCUUAACUCGAACAUCUCUGCCGCUAGCGCUGCUUCAGCAUCACUCGAACGUAGUCUAUACGCAAAGUCUGCGUGCGCUGUCAGUGAUCCGCUAUAUCAGAUUUCACGCGAAGUUAUAGAAUUGGUGAAGAUGUCACCGAAGUCUACCAUGAAGUUCAAUCGCUUCAUACCAGCCUAUCACAAUCAUUUCGGCAAGCAGUGCCGUGUAGCCGACUAUGGGUACACCAAGUUAAUUGAGUUAUUCGAAGCGCUUGCCACUGUUGUACAGAUCAUCGGCGAUGGCGAAAACAGGCAGAUCACUUUGACGCAUCGCACACAACUACGACGCUUUACAUCCGAUUUGUUGCGCACAAUGCGCGCACACAACAACAAAUCGGUGUUGUUAUCGCAGUUGCCUACAAUUUUCGCACAAGCACAGAAUCGCAACUUUGAUGUGACCGAUUAUGGGGUGUGCGAUAUACGCGACAUCUUGGACGGUCUGGCUAAUUCGAAUGUGGUAGUAAUGUCACGUGUGCAAAAUGGCGAAGAUAUGAUCAUCUCGAUGCCCAAGCGUAAACAAACCAGCGUUGAGUUGGAGAAGACUAUAUUAUUUGCUGGUGAAAUGGUGGAGCUCUUCCGAAAUGCGCCACAAUAUACGAUAUUAUUUCAGAAAUUUGUACGUUCAUAUCAUUACCAUUUUGCAUAUCAGUGCCGCUUGAGCGACUAUGGUUUUCUGAAGUUGGCCGAUCUUAUGGAGGCCAUACAAGGUGUUGUCGAAAUGGAGCAGACAAAUGAUGAGGAUAAAAAGAUAUACUUGUCACCGAAAGUUGCACGUCGCGUCUUUGCGGAGCAGUGUGAGGAACUAGUCAGCGAUGUGACGGGUAUGGCGCAAACUAGCAUGAAGUUGGAUGAGAUGCUGCAGUUGCAUAAGAAGAAAUUUGGCUAUCAAAUACAACCGCAGACGCUGGGUGUGUCUAGCAUCGCUGAAGGUGUUGAAUUGAUGCCUUACAUAGAGUUGAUGGAGAAAGAGAAGACGCUGUGGAUUAUCUGUCAUCGCCAGGAUGCUGCAUUCCGGAGCCAAUGCUACCGCGCUUGUAAACUCAUCUUGGCACACGAAGCUAAUUUGCACACCGGCAGCAACGAUUCCAGCUCCGGCGAUGCAAAAGAAAAAAGUAGUAAACAUUUCAUAAUAAGCGCUUUGAUUGAGGAGUUCAACAAGAAAUAUGAGGAUCACAUCAAUGAGAGUAAGGUUAAGGCUAUGAAACACUUAAUAGAGAUUUUUAAGGAAGAGGAAGUGUAUUUUGUGCGCAGCUCAGGUUUUCUGAAGUUCCUGCUAAGUAUUAUACGUCUAGUGGAAAAGAGGAGUACAGUUUUGUUGACCGAGAUUAAGAGCACAUUGCAUUGCAACAUUACAACCACCUUUGAGUUUGGAUUUCCGAAUCUGUUCUCCGUUUUGGCUGCUCAUAACGACAUUUUUGUGGUGAACGUGGGUCUGACCCAAGAGCGCAGCGAAGUUUCAUUGCACCCAAAUUGUGAACUUCAUUUAAGCGCAUUUAUAAAUCGUUCUGGUAUAUUCGGUUCAACAAAAAUGCAGGCAGCCAAACAAAAAGUGCCGCGCCCUCUUCGAUUGCCACUUAGCGAGAAUAACCAUUGCCGCAGUUACGGCCUCCAGGGGCCACCGGCAAAAACGCGUGCGCUGUCGACGACCAACGAGAACAGUAACUAUCAAUUGGUGCAAAGUUAUAAAAGUAAGAUUUCGAGCGCCGUUUUCCAGCCACCUAUGAAAGUACAACGCACCAAUGCAGUAUUAAAACAAAAACCACAACUGCAGCCACCACAAUCGGUACCGCUACAGGCGCCGGCCCAACAGCUGUCACAACAACAACUACAACAACAACUGCAACAGGCUAUGCAUCAACAAAUGCAAACUCUUGCCUAUGAGUCAAAUAAUUUUGCACCACUGACGGCGCAAAUGAACCAUAAAGGUAACACUUCCAUCUAUUCAGUCGCCUCAAACAACUCGAGCUUAAACACGUCUGCUUCGAGCGCAGCUCAUAAUAACGACAGUUCAUGCAACUCCUCAUUCGGAGCCAUAAACACAUCACUGAAUGCGUCGAAUUUAUCACUGUCCGAGUUGAACACAAGUAGAUCACAAUUUAAGCUUGCAGAAGUACCACAGGCGCCAACCACAACUAUGCCGACCAAUUUGGGUGCAACAACAAAACUUUGGGAUCGACGACUUGCUUCGAUGGCUUACCAACAGCAAUCAAUAAUGGCUGAGAAUGCCACGGCAUUGCCAUCACUUAUCAUGUCCGCGUCAGAAAGCGUUGCCAUGGACGCGCAUCGGCAGCAACAGCAUCAAACACAACAACAACAACAUCAUCCUCAUCAACCGGCAUUCCAGCCGGCAAUGGAGCAAUCGACGGCAUUUAUACAGGCCAAAAUCAAGCGAGAGCCUUCCUAUGCCACCCUGCAUAUGUAUCCCAUGUUCGAACCUCCAAAGCCAGAUACACCACCAUCCAAUAAUAUGCCAUUUUGGAUAGAUCCCAUUUGGGCACAUAACCCCACCGAAGACGCAGCGUCACAAAAUGCUUUGCUCAAUAUCAAAUUACCGGAAUUAAAAUCAUUUAAUGUAUUGCCGAUGGUUUUGUCACCCUAUACCCUCUCUAAGGCCGAAAAUAUGAAGCAAAAGUUAUUUAAUUUUGAAAAUCAUGAUAGAAAAAUAUCCUGAAAAACUAGCAAGCAAUUAGAGUGGAAAUUUGGUCCUAAAUUAAAAUUUGUGCGUCGAUAAGUUUGUCUAGAAAAUUCGAUUAGUUUAAGCCUUUUAUUUAUUUAUUUCUUUUUUUUAAUUUUAAGGAAAUUGUAAUGUUACCGCGCGACAUUGAAUUGAAUUGUUCGUAUGUGUAGCAAAUAUUGAAGCGCUGAGAUAAAAAUAUUGUUAUUGUAAUAAAUAUCUCGAAAAUAUUUGGUAGGGAUCUAAAGAUAAAAAUAUUUUAACCACAAUCAAUUCAAUUAAGUAAAAAUAUUUAAAUACCAAUUUUAAAUAUUGUAUUUAUUGUAGUAAUGCAGCAACAAAAAUGUCCAAAAAUCUAUUAUAU